CGAAUAUAAGCUCACACAAAAAAAACUAAUAGUUAAAGCAAAAAGAAAUUAAGAUUAAUAAAUAAAUAAUAAAUAUAGAAGAAGAACAAAAAAAAUUUCAUUCAAAUGAAGCAUUAAAAUGUUGAUAACAAAAUAGUAUAAACUACUUCAGAAAAUGUUUAAAAAUAACUAUGCUGCAUUAAAGAAAGAGUUAUAAGGUAUAAUGCUACUACAUUAAACAUACCAAAAAGCGAAGAAAGUUUAAAUUGGGGGAAAGUGGAGAAGCUACCCUUUUAAAUUGAAGUAUUUUUCUCUCGCCCAAUGAAAAAUAUUGAGUAUGAAAAGAUUGAUGAGAAUGCAGGCUAUUGGUCUGCUUAUUAUAAUGUUCAGCUUCCAACAAUAGUAAUAGAAAACUCUAACUAAGGAUUUGAUCAUGGGAUUCUUUUAAAAGUAGUGCAAGUAACUUAGCUCAAAGGUGAAGUGAUAAAAGUUACAGAGUUAGUAGGCGAGGAUUCCCAGUUUAUUUAAUCUUUACAAAGAACUGAAUUAAAAGGCUUGAAGUUGAAUACUCCUCAAAAAUUACAAAAUAAAAAAAGAUGUAUCCAUCAUAUUGCAAUAUGUGCUUUUAAGUAAGUAGAAGAAAGUUCCUGUAAUAACUUAGAACUAAUAGGUCUUUCCAUUUGUGGUGGAUUCUCUCUUAAAUCUAGGAAAAAAAGUCAUCAAGAAAAAGGAUUAGAUACUAGCUAUUUCAAACCUAUAGAGCUAACUUAGAGUCUUCUUUAAAGAAAGUGCAAAUAGCAACCUAUUAUGAUAUCAAAUAAUAUUGAAGGGUUAUUACUUUAUUUUACAUCUCCUAAUAUUAGGCAUAAAAUAAUUCACCCAUUGUUUCUUUCUGUAAGAUUCUCAUAAGCAGUCAAAUUGUAUUUAUGCAGCAAGACAUUUCCAGCAGAAAGUGAUGUUCAAAACAAAGUUAAAAAAAUAUGCACUGAAUUCAGCAAAUGCCAAACUGGAAAUGAAAUAUAAAAAAACCACACAAUGGAAAUUAUGAUUGAUGACACAAGCUAUGUUCAAGGUGCAACAGAUAAGGAAGAUUAAGUGCAGCGUAAGAAAAAAAUAUAAAAAGUUUUAAAGGCUCUUGAAUGUACAAAAGAUUCGAAAUGUCUUUAUUAUCUUAAAAGUGAUUAGGAAGAAACAAAAGAGCGUUUGAGUUAUUAUCACUUUGAAACUCAAAGCAUAAAGGACAAUCUUAUCUCAAUCUACAAAUCAAUUUAUUAACUCCACUCAGGCGUAAAUGAAAAAGAUUGGUAUAUUUAAGAUUCUUAACGCACUUAAAAUACUAGCCCCAGCACUCCUUAAAUAGGUUAAAGUAAGUUAAACAGAAAAAGAAAAGUUAGCUCUGUAAUAGAUGUUAACGAGUAUAGAAAAGCGAAUUCAAGCUUAAAAAAAAUUUUGUACAAAAUCUAAGUGCAAUAUAGAGAAGAAACUUAAAUGUCUACGCUAAACUAAGAAAGUUUUAAACACAUGAUGCAGUAAAACGAUGAACAAUAAAAUAGUAACUAUGAGGUAAUAUCCCAAAUCAUCUCAACGCCAACGCCUGCGAUUUAAGGUAAUUAAGACAUAAACUUGGAGCCUUAAAUUAAUAUUAAAUAUGAAGCUGAAUGUCAUUAAAAGGCUGACCAACUCAAUAAAAUAAGAUACCAAAAUUUUGUAAAGCAAGAAGAAAACGAAUUGUUCUAAACCUCUACUGUCCAAGAUUAAUAACCAUUAAAUAUUUGUACUCAUAUUGAGAAUUCUGAAUAAAAAAUGCGCCAGCCAUAAAUAAAAAAAGAGUCAUAAGAUUUGGAAUAAUAAUCGUGCAAUUAUUAGUUCAAUCUUCCUUAGUAAGCCCAUCCUUUUUUGAACAUCUAAUCAAUUUAAGAAAUGAAUAGAAUUAAAUAUUAGUAUUAGUAGUGCUAAAUGUAGUUAUUCUAUUAAUAUGAAUAACAUUAAAAACCAUACUACCCAUAUAAUUAUCGCUCUAAUCCUCCAUAAUGGUAUGGAUUCUAAAACCCUCAUCCAAUCUCACCUAAUAAUUAAAAUAAAUAUAAAAAUUGCUAAUUUUAAGGGGGUUUCCAUAUAUGA